AUGCCUUAUGUCACAUUGCCUGCAUCGAGUCAAAACUUACGUUUGUACUAUGAACUUUUCGGAUCUGGUGAAAAUAAAAUCUUAUUUAUCAUGGGUUUAUUAACUGAAGGUGCUGCAUGGUGUCAUCAGACUGCAUUUUUCACAGAAAAACCAGCAUAUCAAUGCGUUACUUACGAUAAUCGUGGGUGUGGUCGAUCGUCAUCGCCAUUAUGUCUGCAUUAUUCAACGUCACAAAUGGCCAAAGAUGCUUUAGGACUCAUCGAUCAUCUCCAAUGGAAACAAUGUCAUGUUGUUGGAAUAUCUAUGGGUGGAAUGAUCGCACUUGAACUCGCCGUUCUAGCACCAGAACGAAUUCGUUCAUUGACACUCCUAGCGACACAUGCCGGUGGUCUUUCGGGUCAAGCUCCGUUGAUCGGAGUAUAUCAUAUUAUGCAGUCAAUCUUCUUAAAAGAUGAACAUACAAUUGUAGAAAACGUUUUACAAAUGCUCUAUGCUCGAAAUACGCUUAGUAAUUCUGAAAUACGAAAAUCCUUUUAUGAUUAUCACCUGGAACGAUUUCGUAAACGUAUUCGUCCAUCUGUGGUCGGAUUGAUCGGACAUCUUGCAGCUGUUUGCAGACAUUAUGUUAGUUAUGCUGAAUUACUUAAAAUUCGCUAUUCACCAUUCAAAUGUUUAAUUAUGGUUGGCACGGAAGAUCGACUCGUGCGAGAAGCCAAUUCUUAUAUACUUCAACGUGUGCUUGGAUGUCGUUUAAUCAAGCUCGAUAAUGCUGGUCAUGGUCUACAAAAUGAAUUUGCAAAUGAAAUCAAUAAAGAAUUAUUUCAUAAGUUCGAAACAGUUUGUAAAAAUGAAUCCACGGCAAAAUCUAAACGUGAAAUUCCAACAGAUUACGCAACGGAAAUUCAAGCGGUUGAACAAUGUUGUCAACAUCGUACACAUUGUUUCGUGCAUGAUCUAAUGGGCUUUUUCAAAGGUGUAGGUUUUGGAACGGUUUUAUACAUCGUCUUUUCGUUGAUUGGUUUAACAAAUAUGAAACUAGGAACAUUCAGUUUGACCUUCCAAAGUAUUCUGCUACUCGGUUGUUUAAACGGCCUUCGUCAUUCGAUUACAUGUGUCUAUAAGACACUCUGUGCACGUCGUUUUGUCCGAGAACAUAAGUUACAACUUGACCGGGCUGCUCAUCACGGUGGUAUUGGUAUUACAGUACCUAACGAACCAAAAAACGGCAUACCAUAUGAUUCCGGCUUCGGAUUACCUAUUCAUUCGCUAAUAGUUACAGCAAAUCUACUUAGCUUGAUAUAUUGGUUGACCUUUUAUGAACCAAAGGUGUAA